AUGAUAACAAUUCUGACUCGGACGAGUUUUGCGGCGCUUCAGAGCGCAAGUCAAGGGUUCUCACAAACGCCAGGUCUGCCGAUGGAUAUCGGAACGUCCAAUUCUGCUACACGCAGAUCGCCCAUGUCGAACAGCAAGUCAAUGGUCUUCUGGCCGAGAAACGCCACUUCAACGUGCCGCCUGAAAGGAUCACGGCCAUCCUCGAGGCCAUCUGAAUUUCUUAUCCUCUUCCAUUCCGUGCGUCGCACAAACGUACCGCACAAACGUACCGUAUCGAUAGCACAUCCUACACAAUUGCAGACACAAAGCACAGUCCGUCCGCGUGUGUUGCCCAGAUGUGAAAGUCGGACAAGGAAGGAAACGAGGAAUUGCUCUGUCUUGUCACCAAUACCUUUCUUUUUGUGUGUGAGAAGCAAAUGGAUAUGUACAGGAACGAGGUCAUCGUUAGGUGACUGA